GAUUCUGUUUAAACAUGUUUGCAAAGCCCAUCCUUAGAAUCGGGCUCAGCCGGACUGCAGUCCGCCGUAUCCACACCAUCGAUGCCCUAGAAGCCCGCGUGAACACGUGGAAGGAACCGGUGCCACCGGCCGAGGUUCUCGCCCUCAUAGACGAAUACCACCGGCUCCAAGUCCAGGUGUACGACUACAACAAAUUUUGGAAUAACCCCACCAACAAGCGGAUCAACCACCAGAUCACACAGGUGUUACAGAACCCACACGUGACCUUUGACAAGACGCUCUUGGCCCAGCUUUUCCGCAUGAAGUUGCCGUCGCUCACCAAUAUCAACAUCAUCGGCGUAUUCUACGAGCGCCUGCCCACGGCAUAUAUCGAUAAGGCCAUCGCAUUGGUGCCAUUCCGCCAGAGUUUGUUCAACGGCGACCUCCAGAGUGCACUCAAGCUCACCGACAUCACUGUGGGCCACCCGAACUACACGGCCCACAAACACCUGGAGUUGAAGACGGGGGUGGUCAAAUUGGUGGGCUCGGGAGUGGGUAUCACCGUUUUUUCCAAGUACGGAGUUCAAGAGUUGAUCGACAGCGGGAUCUUGGGGGAUGCAUGGCGAUACUUGGGGUCGGUCAACACGUUGGUUGUGACAUACCUCUUGAAUUCGUCGUUUUUGAUGACGAUUGUGAAGUUUGGUCGUCAGUUGAUUUCAUCAGGAGGUGACUAUUUGACGUGGCAAAAGGGCACGUUCUACUCGCACUGGUACAAGCAUGCGGAUGAGAUGAUGUUCUGCAGCAAGAUUGUGGAAGCAGAUCUCCGGUUGAAUGGUGGAGGUGUUUCUGGAGGAGAAGUGAGUUCUGAUCUUGCAACCGAAUUGUGUCGAACCGGCGACAACGAUACUAGUUUGGCACCUGGAUACACCAGAGAUGGCCAUAAGGUACGGUUAUUGGACUUGAGAGAUAAUCUUGAGGAGUUGAAGUUGCAGGCGUACUGGAUGAGUGGUGGAGAUGGAUUUGAAUGGGUGGAGCCGGACCAGGAUCCAGCCGAGUUGAUAUGGAAGAGACACUUGAAGAAGUUUGAGGAGUUGGGGGCCGGUGAUGAGGGUAAGGCAUUGAAGUGGGCGGACCAGGUGAUUGAGCCUGAACAAAAGUAAGUGUAAAUAGGAAUAGCAUAUGAGUGCGCGAUU